UUUUCUCCACAGAGAAAAAUCUGCCAUUUACUGUAAUGUAUAAAUGGAUGUGAAAGAGAAGACUUGCGAUGCCAACAUGAAUAGCAUGGAGGAGAGGACUGUAAAUUUUGAGGAGGAGGAGGACUGUGAGUGGGAGAGUGUCCAUCCUAAACAGGGGAGUCUGAGCAUUAAGGAAGGGGACCAUGAACUGGGGUCAAUAAGUAAAGAGGAGUCUUCUAUCAAUGUAAAAUAUGAAUCAUUACAGUCGGACACAAAGACGAUUGAAGAAAUUUCAUCUCCUAGAACUUGGGGAGGUCAGUCACCACUAAGACAUCAUCUGAAACAAGAAUCAAACUUCACUGCUGUUCUGAAUGUGGCAAACAGUUUUCACGAAGAAGCCAUCUUCUACGCCACCAAAGAAUUCACACAGGGGAGAAGCCAUAUUGCUGUUCUGAAUGUGGCAAAACAUUUUUACGGAAAAACAAGCUUCAGAGCCACCAAAGAAUUCACACAGGAGAGAAUCCAUAUUGCUGUUCUGAAUGUGGUAAAACGUUUUUACAGAAAAACAAGCUUCAGCACCACCAAAGAAUUCACACAGGGGAGAAGCCAUAUGACUGUUCUGAAUGUGGCAAAAUGUUUUCACACAAACGGUAUCUUCAGCGCCACCAAAGAAUUCAUUCAGGAGAGAAGCCGUAUUGCUGUUCUGAGUGUGGCAAAAUGUUUUCACACAAACGGUAUCUUCAGACCCACCAAAGAAUUCACACAGGAGAGAAGCCGUAUUGCUGUUUUGAAUGUGGCAAAACAUUUUUACGGAAAUACUAUCUUCAGAGCCACCAAAGAAUUCACACAGGGGAGAAGCCGUAUUGCUGUUCUGAAUGUGGCAAAAUGUUUUCACAGAGAAAGGGUCUUCAGCACCACCAACGAAUUCACUCAGGAGAGAAGCCAUAGUGCUGUUCUGAAAUAUUUUUAUGGAAAAAUGAGCUUCAGUGCCACAAAAAAAAAUUCACACGGGGAGAAGUCAUAUUGCUGUUCUGAAUGUGACAAAAAGUUUCCACAGAGGCGCAAUCUUCACAGCCACCCAGGGAUUCAGAAAAGAGAGAAGCUUUUUUUGCUGCCCUGAAUGUGGAUAACAAUUCUCUUGCCAUGGUAAUCUUCAGACGGACAUUAAAACUCACACAGGAGAAAAACGUAUUCCUGUUCUGAAUGUGGCAAACAGUUUCCACAGAGGCGCAAUCUUCACAGCCACCAAGGGAUUCAGAAAAGAGAGAAGCUUUUUUGCUGCCCUGAAUGUGGAUAACAAUUCUCUUGCCAUGGUAAUCUUCAGACGGACAUUAAAACUCACACAGAAGAAAAACGUAUUCCUGUUCUGAAUGUGGCAAACAGUUUUCACAGAGAAGCAGUCUUCAGAGCCACCAAGGAAUUCACUUAGGAGAGAAGCCCUAUUGCUGCUUCGACUGUAGUAAACAAUUCUUUCUCAGUAGUUAUCUUUAGAGUGUGAAAGUAGCACUAUGUAAGCGCCUGACCCGGCACAGACUCAUACUGAGGCACGUGUAUAAAACACCAAGACUCAUUUUCUUCACCUGUGGGGCAUGUCUUCCCUGUGAACCCCACAGGCAAUACACAGUCCCAAAAGCACUCCAGAACCAAAC